CCGCUCUGUCCGGCAGGUGGAGACGAGGCGGCGCGGAGGUCGCGGCGAGGAGGUGACCCUGCGCAGGUAAUAAAUCAUCGUAAGUCAAGAUGUCUUCAGCACCUGAGCCUCCAACCUUUGAAAAGGGACCACCCAAAGAGAAAGACUUUCGAAACCCAGGGCUCAGAGGGGUCCGCACGACAACCUUAUUUCGAGCUGUGAAUCCAGAGCUCUUCAUUAAACCCAACAAACCUGUAAUGGCUUUCGGAUUGAUAACCCUUUCGCUUUGCGUGGCUUAUAUUGGUUAUCUACAUGCAACACAAGAAAAUAAAAAGGAGCUCUAUGAAGCUGUCGAUAGUGAGGGGCACAGUUACAUGAGGAGGAAAACGUCUAAAUGGGAUUAAUAGUGCUGCUUAUUGCAGAUGAAACCUUAUCAAGGCCUCUGAAAUCUUCACAUGAAAGCUUUCAUGUGUACAUGAGUACAUAAUAUCAUGUUUCUUGUUCGGGAAUAUGAUAAUGAGAAGAGAAAAUAGCAGUUGCAACCAGACCACUAUAGUAAAUUUUGUUCUUUCAAAACUGCGGCUGUUGUCUCAUUCUUUUUUCACAGGAAGAGCAUCUCGACAUUUUUCUUUCAUUGAAUCCUCUUAUAAAAGUCCCAUGAGAAUGGAAGUCAUUUUUGUUAAUUAUUAAGUUCUAUAUAAUAAAAGUACCCAGUGCUGUUAAAUUUGCAUGGUAUUUUUUGAUAUUUUAAGGUGAAUUGUGCAUUUGCAACUAUUAUGAGGGUUCAGUUUUGUUUUGCCAUUUGCAAAGGCAAUGUUCAUUUUCUACCUAGCAUAGAACCUAUAUUUGUGAAGGAAAAGAAAUAAUUGUAAAUUAUUGUAAAGCCUGUAGUCAACAUUAAAAACAAAGUAUUUCAGC